GUCAAUUUGUAUCGGGAAUCUCGUCAGCUGCGCAUCUGAUUCUGCACACUGUGUCACGGCAUUGAGUCAUGCAAUUCCGUAUGAACGUCCACUACAGCCAUUCCCAGCCAUCAGUGCACGACACGUGUCAGGGGUCCAUCAUCCACAGACUCCAGACGUAGUGGCCAUGGCCGCAUCAAGUGCCACGGCCCCCACAUCCGGUUCCCAAGGUGGAUGGCACCAAAAGCCACGCUUCGACGCACCCGACGCGCACACAUAUCCGUCAUGCACGCACGCAUCCACCAUCGUCCCCCAGGCAGCGGGCAGGUACUCUUACACGAGCAGUCAGCACCCACCACUCCAUCAGGUCCGUCUCGUAUGCAUCCGCAUGCGCAAAAAACGAUUUCACACACCAAGCGCACAAACCUUCCCCCUGGCAGCCGAAGCGUAGUUGCAGCGGCACCGGCAACAACGCCACAGGCACACGUGAGCGCCUGUGGUACAGUCGUCGGGGCAACUGUGGCUACACUUCAGACAGGCAGGGGAGAAAGAUCUCAAAGCGCAGCCAUGGUUGGCAAGAACACCCCACCGCACAUCAUGUCCUCUACUCCAUCGAGCAUGCCAUCCCAUGGAUGUUUAGAUAUGCUGGCCACCACACACACUCACACCUUGGCAGCGCCACCCAGCACCCACACACACGUGUACCUGGCGUGCAGGGUGGCUGAAAUGAGAGCGUGUUUAGCUAACUGAGGUAGAGAUGAAGAGCGAAAGAGAGCGAGAGAGAGCGAGAGGAGAGAGAGAGAGAAGGGUCAUUGUCAUUGUGAGGGGGGCGGGGCGGGAAAAAACGAAACGACAAGGAAACACACCCGUCGUGUCGUGAAGGCAGUGUACAUGUACAUAAAUCCGGUCGAGAGAGAUGGCGAGAGGAACCAACACCCCACCAAUGAAUUACAAAAUUGCCUCUGUCCUGUCUGUAUGUCAGCUGUCUGGGCGAAAACGCCACACUGUGGCAGUCAGUGAAUGCAGGCAGGCAGGCAAAAAGCGUGCGUCAAUGUGUUGUGGAUGGAUGGAUGGAUGGAUGGACGAAAAAAGCCAAACAGGCAUACCAUAUCAUGCUGUUCACUCACUGCUUCCCCCCGCCCCCGCACACAUGGCGUCCAACGAAUCAAUCAAUCAGUGAGCGCACACAAACAGUGUGUGUGUGGUUGUGAGAGAGACGCAAAAACGAAAUAUAUAUGCAGUCAAUGCAUCAUAUGCGACGGCUGGCACCGUCUUAGAGCCCCUGUAAAACAACCCCCCUCGUCGCUGUUGAAUGGAUGGACGCAUUCCCACGCACACGCAGACCACAUGGGGGCACCCAGGAAGACACACGCAGGCAGGCAGGCGGGCAGAAACAAACGACACAGCCCUCCACUGAGGCACCAUGUCAACCCCCACCCAAUGAAACCCGCGAGCAACCAACCAACAAAACCGCCAAAACCAUCUAUCAGUCAGUCGAUGGAGCGAGCAUCUAGCGCCUGCCGCCGCCAACGACUGCCCCUCCGCCCUCAGCCCCACCGCCGAAGACGUCCGUAUUGCCGACAGGCGACUCGAAGUCCUCAGCCUCACGCGGGUCGACCAGCGCGCCCGUCGCGGGGUCCUGACCAGUCGUGGAUGGCGCCGCGGCCUCUGAUCAAUGAUCAGACCAUCAUAUACACACAGGCAGACAGAUGAACGGGCGCGGGAUGGUAUGAUGGCUGGCUGGCUGGCUGUGUGGCCUUCGAUCACAAAUGUCUGACCUUCAGCAGGAGGUGCGGUGGUGGCGAGUUCAUUGAAUCCCGGGAUGACGGGCACUCCCUCAACGGCCGGGGCAGCGGGAGCUGCCGCGGGGUCCGUGGCCACUGGGACAGCAGCAGGGUCCGCGGCGACCGGGGCGGGAGCAGCCUCGGCCGGGGCAGCCGCCGGUGUGCCGUCAACUGAAUACCACAAAGAGAGAAUGAAGAAAAGACACCGAUGGCUAUCCAUGCAGGAACUGCCCCCCCAUUCCCCAGUUGUUCGGUUGGCUCACCCUGCAUGCGCCGCCUCUCGGAUCCCUCCACGGGGGGUGGCAAGACGGCCGACCCGGUCUCGGCGGUCUCCGCUUCUGCUGGCGGAGCAGUGGUGGCCUCAGGGACAGCCUGCUCAAGCGACACGCCGGGGCCCGCCUCGCUCGCCCCGGGGGAGACAUCCAUGCCUUGUUCGGACGCCUCCUCGCCGAUAGUUGCCUCGGUCGUGGUGCCCUCGGCGUCUGAUGAAAGGGAAAGACGAAAAGAAGGAAAGCUCUGUAAGAAGGAAAGCUCUGUCUGUGUGUUGUUGGACGUGGUGUGUUGUGGCUCACUCAGCAACGAGCGGAGGAGAGACCCUGACGCAUCACACACGAGACAAGACAGCACACGCAGCAAGCAAGCAUACAUGCAGGUCGCCAUGUGAGACUGAGAAUCCACCCCUCCCCUCCCCGCCUCUUGUCCCACUCACUUCGUCGCGUGCCAUCGGUGCCUGAGGGGUCUUCCACGGGCGGCAGCUCCAUUUCCUCCACCUCAGUCAUGUUUUGGCCCUCGGGGAUGGUGCCGUUGAGGGCUGCCUCGGCCGCAGGGUCCAUCACUGUCUCGUCGGCAGGAGCCUGCUCUGCCGGGGCAGCCUCAGCUGUUGCAGGCGGCGAGAUGCCCAGCUCUGACUGCAUGCGACGCAGCGACACAUCUGACAGAACACCACCACAACACACACGACACACACGAUGGCCGUCACGCCCAGAUCUCCCCCCGCCCACGCGCAUGUGAGCCCUCUGUUACGCUGUGUGCAUGCAUCGCAAUGCGCGGGUGCUGCAUCGUCUGUGUGGGUGUUCGUACCUGCGGCACUGCACGACAAAAGGCCGAUGGCCACAAGGAUGACGGCAGACAGGGAGGCGGUCAUGCUUGAUGCUUGACACAGACAGACAGGCAGGGAGUAGGGAAGAUGCAGGACAGGCAAGGUGCGAUUGUACGGACGAAAAC